UGUGGGAGGUUUAUAUAAGAUCAUGUUUUCUGGUUGUCUGUCCAUAUGUACUGUUUUUGUGAACCUGACAUCUCCAGAAGGUCUUGAGGGAAUUUGUUUAAACUUAGUGAAAAUGUUCAGUUUACUGUGUCCUCAUAAAGCUGUGAACUCACAAAACAUAUUUUUUACCUUGUAAAAGCAAUACCCACGCAAUGCCUUGAGGGAAUCCUUUCACAUUUGGCACAAACAGAGUUGUAUGAUUUUCACAGGUUUGCAUUUUAUUGUGCUCCCUUAUAUAGAUUAGUGAACUACUUACAAAUUAACCAUGAAUUCAACCCUGAUGAAAUAAAAAACAUAUAUUAUGCAGGUCAUUAUGAAGACCAUUAUAUUCGACAAUGGUUAAAUCUGACAGUUCUCUGUUUUCUAUAUUUUUGGUUACUGCAGACAGUCCCAAACAUGUGACAGUUCAAGCCAAUCCUGGUCUUGAUGUGAAUGAAAAUGUGUUGUUGACACUGAGCUGUUCUGCCGAGUCCAACCCACCAGUGAGCUCUGUCACCUGGAGGAAGACGACUGAUGGGAGAGAGGAAAUCAUCCAACAGACUCAGACUCAGACCUUCAGGGUGAAUUCAGCCAGUCCCUCUGACAGUGGACUGUACAGCUGUGAAGCCACCAAUGACAUUGGAAGAGGAAAGUCACAGCCAGCUGAGGUUAAAGUCAGAUUUUCUCCAAAACACACACACAUCACGGAGUCGGCAGAGAAGCAGGAGCUUGACGGGAGGAGCUCCGUGAUGCUGAUCUGCUUCAGUCACAGCUUUCCCCCAGUCCAACACUACUCAUGGUACAGGAAGAGUCAGGGAGAGGAAAAGGAUGAACUUGUGUCCAAGCAUCAAAACCACACAGUGUACUCAAACCAGUCAGGAGUCUACUACUGUGUCGCACAAAAUGAAAUAGAUCAUGCUUUGUCUGAUCCCGUCCAUCUGUUUGAACGAGACUAUCUGGAGAACCUGAGGUUCCUCGUUGUUGCUCUACUUCUCCUGAUGAUUAUCAGUGUAAUUGUCGUAAAUUUAAGAUACUGGAGGAAAAAAUCUAUUCAACAAGGAACAACAAACACCAAAUCCCCUUCUGGUUUUUCGGAGGAACCAGAGAGCCUGCAGGACUAUGAUGACAUUGGUAAUGCAACUGCACGUACACCAACAUCUCCAAAUCUAUUUGACGACCACACCAGUGAAGGUGAAGUGGAGCUGAACUUUCCACAGGUGAGAUUCACAGCGACGCCCCGACGUCAGACGACCAACAGAGACUCCAGCAGCUCACACCAAGAUGAGAGUUCAUACUCUGAUGUCAGGAUUUGACCCGAGAUGUUCUCCUCCUGCUUUUACAGCUACCUCGGGCCUGAGGAAGUUUAUAUUCACAAUAAGUCAUCACAGAGAGUCUGAAGAGUUCAUGUGUUAAACCGUGUUGCCAUUAGGAGUAUUUUAAAACUAGUUAGCAAGAAGGCACAGAAGUUACAUAACUGAGCUAAAAUAUAAUAUAUAAAUAUUUAAAACUGUUAAUUAAAGGUUCUGGAGAAAAUUGUGAACACAGUUAAUUGUGACGGAUAAAUGGUUAAAAUCCUUAUUUUGCAACUUAAAAUGUAAAUAAUGUAAGUGUAAAAUGAUUGUAUUAAUAACUUUCUAUAUAAUCUAUAUAUAUAAAUGACAUGCAGUUAGACAAGAAAUGCUGAGAAUCACUGCUGAAUGUUUUUUUUUUGCUUUCCAGUGUUGUGAACUUAAUCCAAC